CCUUUCAGUCAUUCGCGCUAACCACCCGACAGACAGACGUGAUCUGAUAAAAAAUCUUGGCAAUGCACGCUCCAUUGUUGUGCAUCCGCUGAAAGGGUGAGCAAUGCAAACACAUUAAGUCAUUGCCAGAUUUGAUUGAUUUCCUGAAAUAAACCAUCAUUUUAGUAUUAUUAUUAUUUCUCUGUAUAUGCAACUCUUUUGAAAUAGAAAUGUAAUUAUUAUUUUCAAUACCGCCAACUUAAAAGUUGUAUAGCUGCUUAUAAUUUAUAAUAAAAGAUUUAUAAGUCAAAUACUUGAAAUUCAAACUCAUUUUCCUGAUCUUGGACUUUACAGAAUUUAAAUGUAAAUCAAUAAUGAAAAUGAAAAGUUUAUAAAUAUUUUGACAUUUUGAAACUGAAAUCUAAAUUAGCUUUUAUCAGAAUCCACUGCUCCAUACAUCACUGCAGUUCAUAAAUGUUAUAAUUAUCAUUACACCUGUCUCUUCAGUAUUGAAAAACAAAUUAAUGCUCAGUUCUCAGCCUAGAUCUCAGCUAAAGGAAUGCCACCCUCUCCCCCAGAUAUCUGUUUUAUUCUGAUUGGUUGAGAAACUCUAGGCAGAGCGCCUACAUCGCCCGCAGUUUUACUGAUGGAACCAACAUCACACAGAUUAAAAAAAAUCAACUGGGCUGGCCAAACGGCUUGACCAUUGACUUCAUGAGUGACCGCUUGUACUGGGCAGAUGCUUAUUUUGACAGGUAAAUCUAAGUAAAUGUCAAAUAUUUCUUUUCUGUGUGCAUUGAUUUUAUAGUCAGAGGUGUAACAGUUGUGGCUGUGUGUAGUGAAUCCCAACUCAUCAACAAGUGAAAGGUGGUGCAGAAGUUGUCUGUAAGUCUUUGCAGUUACGAAGUCUUUGUCAAGACAAGACAGAAGUUCAAAUAAAGAAUUUCAUGAAAGAAAUGAACUUUUAGUGCGCAUUUCUGUGCUGUUUCUCUUAUGUUUCUUCUCUUUAAAAAAAAAAUAUUUUUUCUUUUUAGUUUAAUUUCCACCAACUGUUUACUUUGUGAACAAAUUUUUUUGGAUAUCAUAGCAUCCUAAACAUUUAAAAAAACAAAAAAAUUUACUUAAUUUUAACAGCGAUAAAAAUUCCACUCAUUAAUUUUUUAAUUUCAAUACCUUUUUUCUUUUUUCAACUUAAUGUGACAGUGGGCACAUACAUAUAUCAUAUACUGAAUGUGUUUUUAUUAAUGCCCAGUAAACACAAUAGUUAUGUAGAAUUAAAUAGAAGUCCAAUAUGACUCCAGAUUUAAAAUUCUUUUUCCCCAUAACAGUUACUUGGCUACAAAGGAAAUAAAAAAAUUCAUCCAAUUAGUUAUUUCCAUUAGGUAUUUUAAUGCAUCCAUGAAUCCAUUUACAGGAUACAGCAUUCAAAGCUGGAUGGAGAGGAUCUCCAAACUCUCACUGGUCAUACAGUUGUCCACCCAUUUGGUAUUGCCAUUUACAAAGGUAGGCCUUACAAUUACAAACGUUGGUGACAGAUGUUUUUAAGCCACUCCCUUGCAAGGCGAAAUUGAAUGUUUUAUUUAUUUUUUUUAAACACGGACAUGAGUGUUGAUAUGAAUUUAUUUUAAGACAGAGAAGUCUUUCGUAGCAGAUCUUGGUUGCUUUUGAAACAGUAAAAUGAAAUAGGUUUCUUGAAUCUUAAAAAAGAUUAUUGGAUCGUAAAAUAGGUUUAUUGGAUCCUAAAAUAGAUUUAUUGGAUCCUAAAAUAGAUUUAUUGGAUCCUAAAAUAGGUUUAUUGGAUCCUAAAAUAGAUUUAUUGGAUCCUAAAAUAGGUUUAUUGGAUUCUAAAUAGGUUUAUUGGAUUCUAAAUAGGUUUAUUGGAUCCUAAAAUAGAUUUACUGGAUCCUAAAAUAGGUUUAUUGGAUUCUAAAUAGGUUUAUUGGAUUCUAAAGGGAAAAUGGACAGAAUCUCAGAAUUAGACUAAUGUGUAUAAGAAACCCCCAUAAAAUAAAAAAAUUAUCUGUUCUCAUUGGAAAAUGUUUGUAUUGGGUAAAUAAUUAUAUAAUAGAUAAACACAUAAUCCAUCUUAUAAUAUUUUUACUUCUCGUUUUGCUAAAGUUAUGUUAGAGAUCAUAUUUUACAGUGCAUCUUUUAAGAUAACAGGUUGAGACUUUUCUUAAAGAAACACUGUAAUAAUUUUAAACUGCUUUGAGGGUGUGGAACGACUGGUCUAACAUUGUUUGGUUUCCCCCCUGACCUUUGCUUUGUGCUCCAGAUUAUAUCUACUACACUGACUGGAGACUCCAGUCCAUCAUUCGCAUUAACAAAAGGGGAGGCCAGGAGCUAAAGAUGAGAUCUGGCAUUGGAAGAGUUAUGGGCAUCAGAGUCUAUGAUCCGAGUCUGCAACCUCUGUCAGGUACAGCAGAAUACAUGAGUAGUUUUUCCAUUGUGUGAAAGGUUGUGUGCUGUUCAUCAUAGCUUGGCCUCUAGGUGAUAUUUACUGGCCUAAUAACUCUAAAAAAAGCAGCUCAAUACCUCUGAUAACGUCCCUGGUUGAAAGGUUUGCAAGUGUCUAGGAACAUUUACGCAUAAGCAUCAUUUACUUAGACUGUAAAAUAGCUUAGGAAAAAUGAGACUAACCUACUGACCCAGUGUAAAUUUUUUGAAGUGUCUAGUUAUAUUUGCAUCAUUUUGUUAGAUUCUGAAACAGCAUAGGAAAAAUGAGACUAUUAUACUUACCCAGUGUUUUGAAGCUCGUCAUAGAAGCACACAUUACAAAAUCUGGACCACACGCUUACAAUAAAUCUUAAAGCAGAACAUUAUUUCCUCUAUUUUAAACAUAGACUUUACAAGGGUAUAUAUUGCAAUAUGGAAAACUAAAACUACAUCUUCAAACUAAUAAGAAGUUGAGCUAUAUUGAAAUGGGGGAAAAAUCUGCAACUAAUACCUGUGACUUGAAAGGUAAAGAUAAGAUUAACCAUAAGGGAUUCUCUUCACCAUGUUGUAGACUGGAGGCCAGAAGUAAAAGCCAGAUGAAAUAUUCUCCGUUUGGUCUCAUUUCAGCUCAAAACCCAUGCCACCUUAGGAAUGGAGACUGUUCCAACUUCUGUUUUGUUGUGCCUGUCCAAGAAGGGCUCAGCCAAGUCGGAAGGCACUGCGGGUGCCCGUAUGGCAUGAGGCUGGGGAGGGACCAGCGCACCUGCGAACCCCAUCCCGAGGAGGUGGAUGUGACAACCUGCAGGCCAGGGUUAUUUCAGUGUCAGAACGGUCGUUGUAUUCCAAACUCUUACAGAUGUGACAGGGACAAUGACUGCUUAGAUAAGUCUGAUGAGCAAAACUGCCCAGAAGGUAAACAGAACAAUGACAAGUUUUGA